AGGUGAAGGUGAAGGUGAAGGUGGAGGUGGAAGUCAUAUCUACGGUGACAGGAAGAAAGCAAUGGCUACGUUACCAGUCGUUUCUUCAUCGUUCCCUAUUCACGCUAGAGCUGAGACUGCUGCUCAUCCCACUCAUCAUCGCUCGCUCUUCCACCAUUCUAAUCGGCAAAGCAGAACAAAGAACCAGAAGCCCGUCUCCUUGAGGAUCCGAGCUGCAAAACUUCCCCCCCGUGUGGAAUUGCCAAAAGUGGAGCCAAAAUUCACAGCCCCUUUUCUUGGCUUCACAAAGACUGCAGAAAUAUGGAACUCCAGAGCUUGUAUGAUCGGCCUUAUUGGGACCUUCAUAGUAGAGCUGAUCCUGAACAAGGGUAUUCUUCAGAUAAUUGGAGUUGACGUGGGUAAAGGACUUGACCUUCCUCUCUGAGUACUUACUGGAGUAAAUGUAUAUUCUUCUUCCGACUUGGGCUUGUAUUUGGAUCCAUUACUAUUCUUCCAUCGUUCUGUACCUAUCGUGAUCAAUAAAUUAACUUAGAUCACCCCC